AUGAAGCACGAGUACAAGUAUUGGUACUGGUACGAUACAGGUAUCUUUAAUCUUUUUCAAGAACCCAUUGGAGUACUUUUUGAUACUGGUGCCUCUCAUUCUUUCAUAUCUAGGCAAUUUAUAGAAAGAGAACAUCUUGUAACUACCUUCUUAUCUAGACCUAUUUGCAUUGAGACUCCUUUAGAAGGGACAAUUACUCUUUAUGAGAUGUGUAAAGAUUUUGAGAUUGAUUUUACGAGCAGAGUCUUAAGGACCGUAAAUAUAGAUAUUCUCGGUAUGCCACGACUUACCCACACUUCUAGCGAUGGAGAAGAGUCAGUGAUGACGAGUUAUUUAUGCUCGGUAGAAAUCCCUAAGCAGAAUAUUAGUGAGGUAGAUGUGGUAUGUGAGUUUGAGAAUGUAUUUCAGGAGAUACCUGAACCUCCACCUCGACGAGUAGUAGAAUUUCGCAUUGACCUAGUGCUGGGAACUGCACCGAUUUCUAAGGUGGCAUACAGAAUGGCGCCUAAAGAGCUUGUGGAGAUGAAAAAGCAGCUAGAAGAGAUGCUUUAG